UGUCUCAGCUCUUGCUCGAAGAAGAAAAAAGAGCCUGACCAACGGCUAACUGCAGACCGGAACAUCACACAGAAAAACCCAUUCUCCGUCAGCGGGGUGACAGGGAGCAAUGCGGCGACAACUCGUGCCGGAUCAGAGACGGCAACGUUUCCCUGCCCACGCACACAUACACACAGGCAGGCUACGUGUCUGGACACACACGCUCUCCAACAACCCCGAGUAGCCACAAGACUGGAAAAUAUUUGUCCUAAUAUCACCAGGGCAACUGGAAACGAGAAGAUGUGGCACUCACCUUACCUUAGCCUGAGUUAACACACACUUUGCCUUUUUUAUAUAAUAUUUUAUAACAGGCAUCGCGAAGGAAAUUGAUUUUUUUUAGCUAAAAAUCACACAAGGGGAGCAUCCAAGGUCAUAAUUUGCUACAGCAACAAGGUCUGUAGGACUAUAAAACUGUAUAUAGGCCUAACUAUGAGCGCAACAACAACGACCCAUAGUGCAGUUGUUGUAUAUUGUUAGAUUGUGCAUCUUGGCGUUUAAAGCUGCGCAAAAGAUGCAGCCAGAGCAUGACUUGUGGAGAUGAUGAAAUGGAUUAAAAGCUUGGAAACAGUGGGUGAUAUUUCAGCCGCUGAGAUGGGCUUAGUUAUCACAAUAUCAGGAUGUCCUCAUUUAUUUUUUCUCUAAUAAAAAAAUAAAAUAGACCGGCACCUCUGAACUCGGCUCUGCGUUUUUAAUAGCUUGCUGCUGAUGUGGUCACAUGAGUCGACGCUUAAUAGUUGAAACUUUUGAAAAAAAAAAAACUUAAGAGGAGCGUGUAGUGCCGUAUAUCAGCCCAUAGAGGACACACCUACCCUGCUUUAAUGAUCCACCAAUCAUCUGCGUCCCCGGACCUUGGCUGCUAAAUUGUCACUAAGCCACAGUAUGGAGAAACCGAGACAGAAGCGUUUCUGUCUUAACGAAGAAAGCAGAGAGACUGCUUAGUUCCCAGUGACAGAGGAAUAUAAAAAACUCGGAGCACAUAGACAAAGUUUUGUAGGACGACUAUCUCUCAGCGUGGUUUUCUUUUUCACUGAACGUCAUCCUGAUCCAUUGGUUCAAGUUGCACAUAGGAGUAGGCUACAAGUUUCCAAUGGACAGAUACUUGGAGACUGCUGGCGCAACAAGCAUGGGAUUAAUUUUGUAAUGUGGAUUGCUAUUCCCUUGCAAGAAAAUAAAGGUCUGCUGCGGAACAAUGUGAGACGUUAUGCGUCUUGGAUUCUCGUGUUUCUGGAUAUCUUGAAAACCAUUGGCAACAGUUGAGAAGGAAGAAGUUAUGCGCAAAGGAUUGUAUGCUCCGACCCCGGGACCAACAUGGAUUUGCCAUUACAACCCCCUGCCCCUUAUUUAGAGAAGUUUUAGCCGGUUCUCUUGUGUUGUUGUUGUUAUACUUGCUCUUGUUUGAGAACAAAUCGCCACAUUGGCUUCUUGGAUUUUGAAACGUCGCCUGCCUUUGGAUUGGAUUUCCAACACCAUGAACUUUAUUGACAGUUUGACUCUAUUAUUUUUGACGCUGUCAGCUGUCAAGAGCGCCCACAUACCGAAGGAAACAGAAAGAGGUCCACAUGACGUGAUCCCUUUAAUGGAGGUGUACAACAAGAGUUUGUGUCAGCCUCGGGAGCUGCUGGUGGAGAUUCUGCAGGAGUAUCCGGAGGAGGUGGAGCACAUCUUCAUCCCGUCCUGUGUGGUGCUGACGCGCUGCGCCGGCUGCUGCAACGAUGAGAUGCUGCAGUGCAUGCCCACAUCCAGCUAUAACAUCACAAUGGAGAUUAAAAGAAUAAAACCCCAAAGGCAACAAAAUGAUAUUUUCAUGAGUUUUACAGAACACAGCGCAUGUGAGUGUAGGUUAAAGAAAGAAGUGAAAGAACAGAAAGAAAAAAAAUCCCGGAAAGGCAAGGGUAAAGGCCAAAAGAGAAAACGAAAGAAAAACCGUGACAAAACAAUUCACGAUGCUGUUUGUGAGCCAUGUUGUGAUCGCUGCACAGAGAGAAGAAAGCGUUUGUUCGUGCAGGAUCCCGCAACCUGCCGGUGCUCCUGCAAACACACAGAUAAAUACUGUGAAGAACGCCAGCAAGAGCUCAAUGAGAGGACCUGCAAAUGUGACAAGCCAAGAAGAUGAAAGAGGUGGGAGCACCAGAUGUACAAGAUGAAGGAAUAUUCUAAAGAUAUUUCACAGCACAGCACUUUGACCUUUGAACCGUAAGCUCUUCUUUUCUGUGGAAAGCAUUCCCCUUGGACUGACUGAGAGAGAACAAAAAGAAAGACUGAACUGAAGUUUCGUCCCACUGUAUAUCUGUGUGUAUAUAGACAAUGAUAAAAGAAAAAAAGAGUACAGAAUUGUUAUGCUGCUACACAAACAAAUAACUAAACCCAUCAUUUGACAAAAAGCAAAUAGCCGCCAUGUGGUUUUGCAUUUCUAACAGGCUUGCGAUGCAGAUGUAGUCUUGUUGUCAAUUCAUUGUAUGCAAUAACUUCACUGGAUAUGAGUCUACUGUGGUUGUGUGUCAAACAUAAAUUGCAAAACUUCUAAAUCUAAGAUAUAUUUAACUGCUAAAACAGCGGGUGAGGCUGAAGAGGACAUGGGAGCGCUCUCAUUUCAAAAAUGAUGGAUGGAUUUUUGUUGGUCAAUGUCUGCUUUUGCUUUUGGAGUAUAACAGCAGGACAACCGGGACAGCUGAUGGAAAUCUUGAAUCCGUCUUGCUUCCUUUCCUAUAAGGACAUUGCAGGACUGAUGUGGACUUACACAAUGUCACUAUUGUGAUCAGCUUGCAGGAGAAGAGACUCUGGAGUGCCAUAUACUUUUAAAGGGAUACUGGUUAUCAAUAUAGCAUCUAAUGUUUUGCUAUGUCCUACAUGAAAACCACUGUAAAGAUCCUAUACUGUAGUUUGAUUCCAUUUGAAAAACUGUGCCUCACAAAAUGUACUGAGAAAUCUUUCGAGUGCUUUUUAAAUUAUUUUUUGUUUCCUUUUCAGGAGAGGGGAUUGUUAAAGUAGUUUUGUUAGUUGUUGAACUCAAUACAGAAUCCAUUGAUUACAUAUCUUCUUCUCUGAACUUGUACAUACUUAAUAUCCCUUUAUGCCAUAGUCCAUUCUAGAUAAUUUAUAAUGUUAUAGAGUAUUUUUCAGUAUUCAGUCUUCUACCCAUAUUUAAUUUGGUCUAUUUAUAUAUGCAGUGUUAUUUUCCUGUAGCUGUCCUGUCGCCCCCCGUGUGUAAGGUCACUGAUGGCUUCUCUCAGCAUGGACACUCUCUGUGCUUUUCUAUGAAACAAAAAGAAAAAAACAAGACAAAAAAAUCAAUAAUGAUUUGUUAACAUUCCCUAAAUGGAUCAUUUGUACUGAUGAACUGAUGACAUCUCUGGAUUUUUCAACCCCUCGUGUCUAAGGGUGUGGUUGCUGUGUAGAACUUUAACAGGUGUCUAUCCGUGUGUUUGUGUACAUGUGCGUGUAUGAGUGUGUGCUCACGUGCAUUUGCCGAUGCGCACACCUGUGUGUAGGUGUUAGUAAGUUGUAUUUAAGUAUUUAAGUAAGUAGCAGACCUGUGUUUUGUCCGUCCUGCAAGAUGCAAAUACAAAUAAACUACUGCUAGCAGCUCAGCAUACACUACCACAACACCACCACCGUUUUAAAUUUGGAUAACAAUCUGCAUCCUUUCUGCCAUCAGUCUUAGAGUCCUCAUUAUUAGUUCUCUUUGUCUCUUCUUCACUAUUAACAUGUUUUCUGUGUCUAUGUAAAACAGUAAAGCAUAUUUAUUUUCAAAUUAUAUUGUUUUUAUAUAAAAUAAGGAAAAGGUUGCAGUGUUGUGAAUGCUGUGUUUUCAAGAGAUUUCAUAGGCAACAUGAGUUUUCCAUGUUUUUGUGUGGCAAGUUAAUGCUCACACAUCUAGUAAGAAUCCCUGCGGAAUGUAAUCUGAAAAAAAUAGAACAGAAAAAUAAGAAAUUCCCGCACGCUUUUCAUGACAGACAGACAGAUAUUCAGCCUUAUGAAUAAAAUGGCACUUUGAAGCA